AUGAAGCCCAUACCUGUGCUACACAUGAUACUUGCCCUAUUAGUGUUCUUCGCACUGGCAGCAUCAGUAUCAGCAGAUGAAGACAAGGAGAAGAAGAAGGAUCCAUUCAGAUUCGCUCUGAUCCCCGCGUACCUCAGCGUUGCAAUACCGUCGUUGAUUUUCGUCUCCUGGGCUUUAUGGCGAAUCAUUCACAACUGGGGUUCGUGGAAGAUCCAUACUCCAUCACCUCGGUCACAAUGUCUGAGAACAUCGCUUGGAUGGGUCGAUCGAGAAACAUUGGAGCUAAGGCAAGCAAAGCGAGCUAAGCGCAAGAAGGCCAAACGCGAUCAGCAGAAAGUCUAUCGUACUACCAAGGCCAACUACAAGUGGAUAUUCCAUGACCCUACCCGUGAACUCCAGCAGCGAUUCGAUGACCAGAAAGAGCGAUCCCACCUUCGCUUGCUACCAUCCUGGAUGCGAAGCUACCCACACGGAACUCUGCAGUCGGGCAUGUUGGCGAAUAUAUCAGCGUCUCUUCAACAUUGCCAACUCGAUGGCAAACCCAUGUCUGGUGCACUUCACGAUCCCAACCGGCUGCCUGACCUCCCCAUCAUGGACUGGCCUGAUGCACUCGUGCCCGGCGCUCCUGAGAAAUCUUGCCUUCUGCCUAAGGUUCCAAUGAUGUGCCAGCCAAAUGUAAUUCAGAUCUGGCAUAUUCGUGAAGCACCGCUGCCUGAGCGCAUGGGUCUUCCACCUCUCGAAUCUGAACAAGAGCUCAAUGGCGAGGUGGAUGCCCAAGCGACAGUAAUCAGACGUGACACGGAGCACAGGCUUAGAGAGGGACGUCCCCGAGAGAGAAUGAAUGAGUUUGCAUCGGAGCCCAGCAUUGAAGUGGGAGGUGCUCUUCUUCCAAUCUUCACCCCCCCGGUCGUGCGAUCUCCUCCCCUGUUUAGCAGACAGCCCGUACGAGACACUCCUGGUCCAGAAGCCAGGAGCUUCGCAGUCAGACGUCAGCGCUACGUCAGAAACAUCGAGAGACACAUCCAAGAAAUUCGUAAUGACCCUAGACUGAUGCUGGUCCGCGGCUCACUGGACGAAUUGAUGCGAGAACUUCGUCGAGCCACUGGUGCCGGCCACAGACAUGCCCCCAUUGCCAGUCGACCGCCCGUGCGGGAUCCUACUGUGCCAGAGAGCGUACGUCAGGCACGCAGACAUCAACAAUACAUCGAGGAGCUUGAAAGCAGCAUCGACGACCUUCGUAGUGAAUCCACAAUAACUCCGGUCCGUGGCAGACUGGACAGCUUGAUGCACGAGCUCCGUGCAGCAAGAGCUACAAGGGACAGACUAGCUCCCAUUCCCAGUCUGCGCCCGGCUGUCCCUAGCUCUCAAGGUCAGCUUCAGAGCACUCAAGUUAACCAGCUACCGACUCCCAUUCAGAGCACAGCCGCGGGAUUCCAGCCCAGACCAAGAGUGAUACCUGGAAUGUGGCGCUUCGGCGCGACGAUACCUGGUACGGUAGAAGUCACGAAUCUCGUAGACAGACUUCACCGUCUCACCAUCGAGAACCUUCAGAACUGGCUCCGAGACUUACAGAACCAUAUGAACGUUCUAAAUAUUCGAGAAUUCGUUAGGACCGUGGAUGCGUUCAACAGCACAUUUCAAGGACUCACUUCAAUACGGGCCAAUCUGGCCCUUAUUGCCAGCUUGGACCCGGCUCAUCCCGUUAGCCAAAGGCUGCUUCGUAACAUCCAGAACAUCCAGAACAUCAAUACAUCUAACCCAACCCUGGUCACACCAGUAACACACGGAGAAGCCAAUCGUGCAGUGAUCGAGGGUCCAGCAACGGGUGACGAUAUUACUUCAACUCCCACGUCUGAAGAAGAAGUUCAUGGAAGAGGCGGUCGUGCAGUCACCGAAGGACCCACAACAGAUGAUACUUCCGGUCCAAUUCCCACUUCGGAAGAAGAUGAAGGAGAUGUUCGACCCGACACCCAACACUCCAUUGCGGCACUACUUCUACGCUCCUUACCAGACCACGAUGCCACUCUGGAUCAGGCCGAUCCCACCGCCCAACCCCACCUUGAGUAUGAAGAAACUAUUCGUGCACAAGCCAGCCACCAAACAGCAGCCUUUCAUACUGAGAUGGGCCGUUCAGGUCUCGCCACUGAUGAUCACGUUCAGGACAUAGAGGCAGAAAACGGUGCAACUCCAAUCAACACAGUUCACAGUCCAUCUUCAUCGAUUGCCGCUCUAUCCAAUUCAACGGCUACGGCCACUCAAGCAUCCGACAUCGCAAGGCUAGCCUUGCCAAACUUGGUGGAUGCUCUCAAUGAAGAGCUUUACACGGAUGCAUACCCAUGA